UUUUCCCCCUUUUUACUUCACUACUGGCGAAGCUGUGCGGAGGAAACGAGGAGCCAGAAGGAGCAGCGAAAUAAGCCUGGAAUUUAUCUCGCUCAUUUUAAACAAGGAAAGAAGAGCCCGCCGCCUGUCAUCCCAUGCUCCUGUAGUUUAUUCCCUCACAGAGAGUGUUGGAGAUAUAAUGGAAACUGAAUGAUGAGGAGUUUGAGGCUGGACGGCAGCUGACGGACUGAACCAUGGCUCAGUUUCCCACGCCCUUCGGAGGGGGGUCGGAGACAUGGGUAAUAUCUUUGGACGAGAGAGCCAAACAUGACCAGCAGUUCCACAGUUUGACCCCCACACCUUCUGGCUUCAUCACAGGUGACCAGGCAAGAAAUUUCUUUCUGCAGUCAGGUCUUCCUCCCCCCAUCCUGGCCCAGAUAUGGGCUCUGGCCGACAUGAACAAUGAUGGGAAGAUGGACAUGCUUGAAUUUUCCAUCGCAAUGAAGCUGAUUAAAUUGAAGCUGCAGGGUCACCCCCUCCCUCCUUCAUUGCCCCCCUCCAUGAAGCAGCAGCCCAUCUCCAUACCCCCGCAGCCUCCAUUUGGGAUGCCCGGUAUGGGUGCCAUGCCAGGCCUGCCAGCAGUGCCGCCAAUGCCCCUGCCCCCUCUGCCUCCAGGAGUAGGUGUGUCUCCUCCACUGGUAGCAUCGGUGACACCACCUCUUCCAUCCCUUGCCAACGGAGCACCCGCUAUGAUGCAACCCAUUAGUGGAUUCACGCAUCCAUCUGCUGCACUCAACAAAACCUCUUCAUUCAAUCGUUCCAGUAUCAAGCUACAGAAGGUCCAGUCUGUAGAGGCACCCAGUGCUCCAGCUGCUCCUCCGCCCACUGACUGGGCCGUGCCUCAGUCCUCUCGGCUCAAGUACCGCCAACUCUUCAACAGCCAUGACAAAAUGAUGAGUGGCUAUCUCACUGGUCCACAAGCCAGAACUAUUCUAAUGCAGUCCAGUCUACCACAGGCUCAGCUGGCCACCAUCUGGAAUCUGUCAGAUAUAGAUCAGGAUGGGAAGUUGACUGCAGAAGAGUUUAUUCUGGCCAUGCACUUGAUUGACAUGGCUAUGUCUGGUCUGCCCCUCCCCCCUUUACUGACCCCUGACCUCAUACCUCCAACAUUCAGGAGAGUGCGUUCUGGUAGCGGUGUGUCUUUGACCAGUAUCCAUUCGACAGACCUACGAUCCCAGGAUGAGCCUGAGGAGGAGGAGAAAGAGGCAGAUAAAAAACUUCCAGUCACAUUUGAGGAUAAGAAACGAGAAAACUUUGAGCGUGGGAACCUGGAGCUGGAGAAGCGUCGGCAGGCAUUGCUUGAGCUGCAGAGGAAAGAGCAGGAGCGACUGGCAGCGCUGGAGAAAGAGGAGCAAGAAAGGAAGGAAAGAGAACGAAUGGAGCAUGAGAGACGCAGACAGCAGGAGCUGGACAAACAACUUGAGAGACAGAGAGAGCAGGAGCGGCAGAGGGAGGAGGAGAGACGCAAGGAGAUCGAGAGAAGAGAGGCUGCUAAGCGGGAGCUGGAGCGUCAGCGGCAGUUAGAGUGGGAGAGAUCGCGCAGACAGGAGCUGCUCACCCAGAGAAACCGAGAACAGGAGAACAUCGUCCUGCUCAAAGCACGCAAGAAAACACUCGAGUUUGAACUGGAGGCUCUGAAUGAUAAGAAAUCUCAGUUGGAUGGUAAACUGCAGGACAUUCGUUUCCGUCUCUCGGCUCAGAGACACGAGAUCGAGAGCACCAAUAAGACGCGAGAGCUCCGCAUUGCAGAGAUCACCAGCCUGCAACAGCAGCUGCAGGAGUCUCAGCAGUGGUUGAGUCGGUUGAUUCCUGAUAAACAGUGUCUGAAUGACCAGCUGAAGCAGGUUCAGCAGAACAGUUUGCACAGAGACUCUCUGUCCAGUCUUCAGAGGGCCAUUGAUAUGAAGGAAUCCACCAAACAGCAGCUGAGAGAACAGCUGGACGCUGUGGAGAAGGAGACACGUUCCAAACUAUUGGAGAUAGAUGCCUUCAACACACAGCUGAAGUCCUUGGGGCUGUUCUAUCAGACCCACGCUGUCAGGAUGGAGAACCUUCAGUCGGAGCUACUAAUUGAGGAGGAGAGGGAGCGACAGGAGCUGAGAGAAAUCCACAACAAACAACAGAGGCACAAACAAAAGGAGCUGGAGGCUGACAUCACCCAGCCGUCACAUGACAGGAAGUCCACAGAAUUACAAGAGUCUAGGUUGUCAGGGGCAGAUGAUGGUGUGUCUCCAGCAUGGAGAGACGAUGGGCUGGGUAAAGCCCCCACUCCUCCUGUGCCUCAGGCCUGGAUGAGCCGAGUGAGUGAAGAGGAGAACCACAGCAGAGGCGAAAUUCAGGAGAACCUCUCCAAACUCUUCACACAGCAUCCGAUACCGGGAAAACUACAGGCUCAUUCCCCCUGGUCUAUGACAGAUAAGAUCCCAGUGUCUGGUUUUAAUCAGGAGAAGGUAAAGGUGGUCUUCUAUAGAGCACUGUAUCCCUUUGAGGCCCGCAGCCACGAUGAGAUCACCAUCAUUCCUGGAGACAUAGUGAUGGUGAAGGGAGAGUGGGUGGAUGAGUCUCAGACCGGUGAACCUGGAUGGUUAGGAGGAGAGAUCAAAGGGAAGACCGGCUGGUUCCCUGCCAAUUAUGCAGAGAAGAUUCCGGAAUCUGAAGUUCCUCUCAGUUUGAGGACUAGCGCUGCUUCUAGUUCCACCCCUAAAUUGGGUUCCCAUAUAUCAUCCGCUUCUUCAUCGACCACAACCACACCCAUACAGCAAGUCUCCACAGAGCCUGCAUCGAUAGCCCCGCCCUCCUCAGCCCCUCCCCCUCCAUGCCCCACCUCCUCCUCUUCCUCAACAUCCAGUAACUGGGCAGAUUUCAGCACUACAUGGCCAUCUAAUUCUGCUGGGGAGAAGCAGGACAGCGAUGGAUGGGAUGCAUGGCCAACACAGCCCACUCAGCCGUCCCUGUCAGUGCCCAGUGGGGGGCAGAUCAGACAGCGUUCUGCUUUCACCCCUGCCACGCUUUCCGGUUCCUCACCCUCACCUGUGCUCGGCCAGGGUGAGAAGGUGGAGGGUCUGCAGGCACAGGCUUUGUACCCAUGGAGAGCAAAGAAAGACAAUCACCUGAACUUUAACAAAAAUGACGUGAUCACUGUACUGGAGCAGCAGGAUAUGUGGUGGUUUGGAGAGGUGCAAGGGCAGAGAGGCUGGUUCCCAAAAUCUUAUGUCAAACUAAUCUCUGGGCCCGUCCGGAAAUCUAUGAGUAUUGAGUCUGGCUCUUCGGACAGCCCUCCCAGUGUUAAGAGACCCAGCCCCUCUCCAAACAAACCCACGGACCUCGGAGAAGAGUAUGUGGCCAUGUAUACAUAUGAAAGCAGUGAGCAGGGUGACUUGACCUUCCAGCAAGGUGAUGUCAUCACGGUCACAAAGAAAGAAGGAGAUUGGUGGACUGGCACAGUGGGCGGGAAGACCGGAGUCUUCCCUUCCAAUUAUGUCAAACCUAAAGAUUCAGAGGGUUUGGGAUCUGCUGGGAAAGCAGGAAGUUUAGGGAAGAAACCAGAGAUUGCCCAGGUGAUCGCCCCUUACACAGCCACCGGGGCGGAGCAGCUCACCCUAGCACCAGGCCAGCUCAUUCUCAUUCGCAAGAAAAACCCAGGAGGAUGGUGGGAAGGAGAACUUCAGGCAAGAGGAAAGAAGCGUCAGAUUGGCUGGUUUCCAGCUAAUUAUGUAAAAUUAUUGAGCCCCAGCACCAGUAAGACCACACCCACAGAGCCCAACCCACCCAAGCUACCAACACCCAAUGCAGUGUGCCAGGUGAUUGGCAUGUAUGACUACACAGCUCAGAAUGAUGACGAGCUGCCUUUCGGGAAGGGCCAGAUCAUCAAUGUUUUGAGCAGAGAGGAUCCUGAUUGGUGGAAAGGAGAGCUAAAUGGUUCUGUUGGCCUUUUCCCAUCAAAUUACGUCAAGAUGACCACCGACACAGACCCCAGCCAACAAUGGUGUGCCGACCUCCACCUGCUUGACAUGCUGACGCCAGUGGAACGGAAGAGACAGGGAUACAUACAUGAACUUAUUGUUACAGAGGAGAACUAUGUCAAUGACCUGCAGCUAGUUACUGAGACCUUCCAGAAGCCUCUGCUGGACUCGGAAUUGUUGACGGAGAAGGAGGUGGCCAUGAUCUUUGUCAACUGGAAAGAGCUGAUCAUGUGCAACAUCAAACUGCUCAAGGCGUUGCGGGUGAGGAAGAAGAUGUCAGGUGAGCGCAUGCCGGUGAAGAUGAUUGGUGACAUCCUAACCGCUCAGCUUGUUCACAUGCAGCCAUACAUCCGCUUCUGCAGCUGCCAGCUCAACGGCGCCACCCUCAUUCAGCAGAAAACAGACGAGGUGCCCGAAUUCAAAGACUUUGUUAAGAGGUUGGCGAUGGACCCUCGCUGUAAGGGAAUGCCUCUGUCAAGUUUCCUUCUCAAACCCAUGCAGAGAGUCACCCGAUACCCGCUCAUCAUCAAAAAUAUUAUAGAGAACACUCCAGAAAGCCACCCGGACCACAGUCACCUGCGGCUGGCUCUGGAGAAAGCUGAAGAGCUGUGCUCGCAGGUCAACGAAGGCGUGCGUGAGAAAGAGAACUCAGACCGGCUGGAGUGGAUCCAGGCACAUGUGCAGUGUGAGGGGCUGUCCGAGCAACUUGUGUUCAACUCGGUUACAAACUGCCUGGGCCCUCGGAAAUUUCUACACAGUGGAAAACUCUACAAAGCCAAGAGCAACAAGGAGCUUUACGGCUUCCUGUUUAACGACUUCCUGCUCCUCACGCAGAUCAUCAAACCUCUGGGCUCGUCUGGAUCGGACAAGGUCUUCAGUGCGAAAUCCCACCUGCAGUAUCGCAUGUACAAAACGCCCAUCUUUCUUAAUGAGGUGCUGGUGAAGCUGCCCACCGAUCCUUCAGGAGAUGAACCCAUAUUCCACAUAUCUCACAUAGACAGAGUCUACACUAUUCGCGCUGAGAGCAUCAACGAGCGGACGGCUUGGGUGCAGAAGAUCAAAGCCGCUUCUGAGCUUUUCAUCGAAACAGAGAAGAAGAAGAGAGAAAAGGCCUACUUGGUAAGGUCUCAGAGGGCCACUGGUAUUGGCCGGCUAAUGGUGAACAUUGUUGAAGGCAUUGAGCUAAAGCCCUGCCGUUCAAACGGUAAGAGUAACCCGUACUGUGAGGUGACGAUGGGCUCUCAGUGUCACGUCACUAAGACUCUACAGGACACUCUGAACCCCAAAUGGAACUCAAACUGCCAGUUCUUCAUCAAAGACCUGGAGCAGGAUGUGCUGUGUGUCACUGUGUUCGAGAGGGAUCAGUUCUCCCCGGACGAUUUCUUGGGCAGGACAGAGAUUCGGCUGGCCGACAUCAAGAAGGACCAGGGCUCGAAGGGCCCCAUCACCAAGCGUCUGCUUUUACACGAAGUCCCUACGGGAGAGAUUGUGGUGCGACUGGACCUUCAGCUCUUUGACGAACCCUGACCCAUGUUGUAUGACCUGGCCAUUUGACCCCCAGAUUCCAUAUCCGCUACUCCUCCGUGGUGAAAGCCCACCAGCCUAAUGUGACAAUCCCACUCCACCCAGCAUCAUAAAUCCCAGUGUGUGAAUGUGUGUAUUUGCACAAGCAUCUGUGAGUCUGCAAAAUGCUGUAACAGUCUUAAUCAAUCCAACCAACCCGAUUGGAUUUUUAUUGUCCUAGGUACCGCUUCAAGACAAGUCAAGUGUGUGAGUGAAAAUGAAGGAUGCAGUGUAGAGGAGAAAUUUCAGUUCUGCAAUGAUGUGAAGGAUGUCUCAGGAUGCUGUGAGUCUUAAAGAGUCAAGCAUACAGUAGUUGUUUAACGCUCUAAUGACCCGGGAACAGUAGUGCCAUUUGACGUUAUAUAUUCUUGGAGGUCUUCAUUCUAGAAUACACAGAAUUAUUACAAAUGAUGUGCCAUUCCAGUGAAAAUCUCAUUAUGGGUGAGUCUCAUAAAUCUCUUAUUAACAAAAUCUCAUUCUUAUAACUGUAAUGAAAAAAAAAAAAUUUGAAAUUAUUUAAACAAAUUCACUUUUUAAUGCAAACUAUUUUGGGGUGAGCUGGACAUGUUUUUUUGUGAGAUUCACCCAAUUCAACUUUUAUUAAAUUAUUUCUGUCAUUAACACUAAAAACUAAGACCAGGUUUUGUUGGCAAAGCUUUCUAGUGUCAACCGACUCAUUUAUUUUAUUUAUUUAUUUUUUUCAUCUAUUUUUACUGAAAGAUACUGGUGACAGUUUAACAACUGAAUGUACUCAAGAUGUUUGUUUUUGAGGGACCGUUAAACGUGAGCAUCUUCAGGAAAAUUUGCAGAAAGUCUCGAGAAGAUACAGCCACAAAUGCUCCAUGGAAAGACUGUUUUGGAAAUUGUUAUGUGUUUUUCAGUAUCUUUUGUUAUGUAACUUUUAUUUAUUUUUUAUGUUUUUGAGAAUGGGACAUCUCAGAGGCCUCACAGAAAUAUCAUUGCCGGUCUCAAGGG